AUGGCUGGAGUUUUGCAACCUGUGAAUUUCUCUGAAUUUAAGAGUGAUGUUCCAAUACUGAAUGGUGAAAACUAUAAAGUUUGGAAGGAGUCAAUUCUUCUUCAAUUGGGGUGCAUGGACAUUGACUAUGCUAUAAGGAAAGACGAACCACCUGCUCCUACUGACAUGAGCAUUGCAAUUGAGAUAGCCCUUUAUGAACAGUGGGAGCGGUCCAACCACCUUAGUGUGAUGUUAAUAAGGACUAAAGUAUCUCCUAAUAUCCGUGGUUCAGUCACUCAGCAUAGCAAUGCUAAGGCUUUAUUGGAGGCCAUUGAUGCACAGUUUGAGACUUCAGAAAAGGCACAUGCCAUGACCCUGAUAAUGAAGUUUUCAUCUCUAAAGCUCACAAGUGUUAGAGGUGUGCGUGAGCACAUCAUGAAGAUGAGGGACAUUGCAGCUCAGCUGAAAAACCCUGAGGUUGAGAUAUCUGAAUCAUUUCUUGUGUACUACAUUCUGAACACUCUCCCACAAUAG